AUGUACCACCUAGCCAAAAGCGUGUACUUUUGGGCCACGUCUAAAGAAGAGUACUCCAUCCUGCUCCUCGGCCUCGACAACGCCGGCAAAACCACCCUCCUCUCCACCAUCAAAUCCCUCUACAACGACCACCCGGCGCCCGCCAAACCCACCGUCCCCACCGUCGGCCAAAACGUCGCCACCGUCUCCCUCGACGACAUGUACCUCCAGAUCUGGGACGUGGGCGGCCAGCACGCCCUGCGGUCCAUGUGGACGAGCUACUACCCCGUCUGCCACGCCAUCGUCUUCGUCGUCGACGGCUGCGACAUCGGCGACGAUCUCGGCGGCGGCGGCGGUGAGGGGGCGGGACCGGUCGGGCGGCUGGAGGAGUGCCGGCGGACGCUCGAGUCGGUGCUGUCGCAUCCGAGCACGGCGUCCAUCCCGCUGCUGGUGCUGGCGAACAAGCAGGAUCGGGAGGACUGCGUGGAGACGGUGCGGAUCAAGGAGGGGCUCGUGCGGAGGGUGUUUGAGGGCGAGAGGGGCGGUGGCGUGAGGGACAGUCGGGUGUUGCCGGUCAGUGCGCUGAAGGGGGAGGGGGUGAGGGAGGCGGUGGAGUGGGUUCGGAGCCGGGUGAGGUGGAAUAAGGAGGGGAGGGGGCCGGUGAUGCGCUAG